AAAAAAUCAUUUUCAAAUUUCCACCAAGUCGAAAGGUUGGCGAGUGCGGAAGAAUAAUCGCAAACUUAAAUUGUGUUGGCCCGUCUGAAUUAAAAAAAAAAGAGAUUAAAAUGCCUCAAUUGCAGAAGCCCGCUCCCAACUUCUCCGGAACUGCUGUCGUCGAUGGCGUGUUCAAGGAUAUCAAAUUAAGCGAUUAUAAGGGCAAAUAUUUGAUCAUUUUCUUUUAUCCCUUGGAUUUCACCUUUGUAUGCCCCACGGAAAUUAUUGCCUUCUCGGAGCGUGCAGCUGAAUUCCGUAACAUCAAUUGUGAAGUCAUUGGCUGCUCCACAGACAGUCAAUUCACUCACUUGGCUUGGAUUAAUACACCCCGUAAACAGGGUGGUCUUGGCAGCAUGGACAUCCCACUGUUGGCUGAUAAGUCAAUGAAGGUUGCUCGUGAUUAUGGUGUUUUGGAUGAGGAGACUGGCAUCCCAUUCCGUGGUCUCUUCAUUAUCGAUGAUAAGCAAAAUUUGCGCCAAAUAACCAUCAAUGAUUUGCCUGUGGGACGCAGCGUUGAUGAGACUUUGCGAUUGGUUCAGGCCUUCCAGUAUACCGAUAAAUAUGGCGAAGUUUGCCCAGCCAACUGGAAGCCUGGACAAAAGACUAUGGUGGCCGAUCCCACCAAGUCCAAGGAAUAUUUCUCAACCACUUCUUAAGCGCAGAAAUAAUAUGUAUAUGAAAAGAAAAGAUGCUACUACAUACAAACACACAUACACAUACAUACAUAUUUCUAUAUAUUUAACCCUUAGAUCGUAGAUCGAUGUAUACCUAAGUGAAAAAGUGAAAAAAAAACAAAUACCUACUACUUUUUCGUAUAAUAAAAUUUUCUAAAAACCCCAAAACACGUGGGCAAACUUUGAACUCCCCCCACUAGUACACACAUAUAUCACCUAAAA